CCAAUCUCUAUCCACUUUUCUUUUAUCUUGUAAAACCAAAGCACUGGUUCUGUAGUUGCAGUUCUUCCUCAACCAAGAAUGGCAAACGUAGCAGUUAUGGCUACCACCACCAACACAACCACCACCAGCCGCUGGAACAUGUCUUCUCUCCGCUCCGCCUUACCUUCCAUUACUCCUCCUUCCGCUUCAUUAGUCCGCUUCACCGCAUUUCCUCCUCCUUCUCCGGCAAAACUCCGAAUUUCCAAAAUCAAACCCAAAUCCCUACUUCCUCCAUUCACCGGUCUUCGUCCUCUUCCUCUCUUCGGUUCAGAAUUUACUGGCUUUGAUCAAGGUUUCACUGUUAUUAGCAACGGUGGUCGAGUCUAUGCCAUGAGACAUGGAAGGAAAGUGCCAAAACUCAACAGGCCUCCUGAUCAGCGUAAGGCACUCAUUCGAGGCCUGACAACUCAACUCCUUAAAUAUGGCCGCAUCAAGACCACCAGAGCAAGAGCUGAUGCAAUUAGGAAAUAUGUUGAUAAAAUGAUCACUCUUGCAAAGGAUGGAUCUCUUCAUAAAAGGAGACAAGCCCUUGGUUUCAUCUAUGAGAAGCAGGUUGUUCAUGCUUUAUUUGCAGAGGCUGAAGAACGUUACGGCGAAAGAAAUGGUGGGUAUACCAAAAUUAGAAGAACUUUUUCAAGGCGGGGUGAUAAUGCACCUAUGGCAGUCAUUGAACUUGUGUAAUUAUUAGUCACUGCGUUUAUGAGUUGCAAUUAUUAGCAUCUGCACUGCAAUAUUGAGAUUUGUAAUGCUUCCAAUGUCCAACAAUUGAUUCUACAGUUUUUCCUAUGUUUAGUUUUUUUUGUAUCUGUAAGUUUUAUGUAUGGACAAACAUUGGUUCAUAGAUUCACUUAAUUGUAUGAGCUCGACAUAAAUGUGUCUGCGAAAAGUUUACAAAUAUGACAAA